CAAAAAUAUUACGCAGCGCGUGUGACCGUGUUUGUGUUCCUGCGCCGCUUCGCCACACGCCGACGACAUGGCAGCCAAGAUGGAGCUAGCGCCCCUCAGACCGUGGGAUGAUUUCAUCCCCGCAGCGGACCGGUUUUCCAAACCCGAGUUCGGGGAUUUAACAAAGUGGAACAACAGAGUGAUCAGUAACUUGUUGUUCUACCAGACGAAUUACUUCGCUGUGGCCGUGGUGGUUUUCCUCAUCGUCGGGUUCCUGAACCCAUUUGGCAUGUUUCUGGGAGGAGCCGUGGUGACUCUGGUCUUCAUGGGUUCAGUGUGGGCAGGAGAGAACCAGGCCAUGGUCAAGAACUUCAAAAGGAAGAGCCCCUCUCUGUUCAUCAUCGCGGUGAUGCUCACCAGUUACUUUCUGCUGUCGCUGUGUGGCGGUGUCAUGGUCUUCAUCUUUGGAAUCACCUUCCCAUUGCUGUUGAUUCUGAUCCAUGCCUCUCUGAAACUGCGCAACAUAAAGAACAAAAUGGAGAACAAUAUUCAGGGCGUUGGGCUGAAGAAGACCCCCAUGGGCGUCAUCAUGGAUCUCCUGGAUCAGCAGGAGGAGAAGAUGAACAAGGUUCGGGAUUUCCUUGAAAGCAAACUGAAGAAAUGAGGCCGGAGCCAAACAUGUGCCAAGGGAAGUCGGUGUCAUAUGAAUUAAAAUGUCCAAAGCACACGCGUGUUGAGUGUUUGUCCCCUCUAUACAUGUCAAGUCACUGUUCGCAUUCCCAUUAUUUGUAUCCGUUUGGUUUACUUUAAUCUCUCGUGACUUUACUCACAGAUAUUUAAAUACAAUGUGCAAUAUCAUAGAGUGGAUUGGAUGUUAAAAGGCAAUAAAUGUUAUCAAAGGUCAUUCCUGUGUAAAUGUUUUCACCAAAAACAAAUUAUUGCCAUUUUUCCACGUGAAGACUUGUUUUUUUUGUUUUUUUGCAGAAUGUCAAAACACAAUAUCUAAUUCAUUUAGUUUUUCCAAAGAAAAAAUCAGACCCUAUGAGAAUGUUUAAUUUACCCAAUACACAAUGAACUGUUAACGGCUUGUUAAACAGCAAUAAUGUCUAUCUUGACGUGCCAGGAGCUCUAUGAAUACUGAUCUGAGAUCAGUUUGCUUCUUGUGUAGAAAUGGUUGUAUGGCUUGACUAUUAAUUAUAGAGUUUAAAUAUUCCUGACCAUACAGGCUGGCCUGACUGUAAUCCUUCUGAUCACAGCUAUGCAAUAUUAAAAAUGAAUGGCAAGUGCAGCUUUAUUUUUUUGUAAUGAGUUAUGUCACAGUAUAUAUGUACAUGCUAUUUACAGUGUUUUUAUUUUCUGAAUAUAUAGCAUGCAGAAAUGUAUCAAAUGGGCUACAUGAUACCAAGUAGGUUUCAUAACUUUGGUAAUGAGUAACAAUUAUUAAUUAGAUUCCCAUGCUAGUAUUUUCCCAUUCACUGUUGGGAUCAAACCCCAUUUCCUUAAUAAAAAAUUAAAUCUGUAA